UGCUUUUCAUUAUUUCUGCAGUCUACCAACUCCACUCUUUCUGCGCCAGUCACAGAUGAGGCCUGUGAAGAAUUCAGAGAGAGAGAGAGAGAGACAUAGGUGGUGAAGACUGCAGAGCCUAAGACUCUUGAGGCCUGCGAAGAACUCGUUAAUUGAGAGCCGCCUUACUUCAUUGAGAGAGAGAUCUCUAUGGAUUUGAAACGCGGCAAUAGGUGGAAGAUGAGGGAAUUGCCAUUUCUUGUUCUCUACGCCGUUGCUUUCUACGCCUUCAUCAUCCAUCGAUCCCUUCAGCUCUCUCGCGAUCAUUAUGCUAAACUCUUCGGAUUGCGUCCUGGUUGGCUCACACCUCAAUCCCUCAAUGAUGUGUCUGAUGUUCAAUGGAGAAACUUUCGAGGAAAUCUACCUGUUCUUACCUUUGUUUUCGCUCUAUUUACGGGAAUUGCUCAGUUGUCGAGGGCAUAUUUUCAUUUGAAAGCCAGAGGGAUGUCCGUUGUUUGGCUUCUGAUUUCCUUCGCAUACCUCUUGUAUCUGCAUGGAGCCUGCAUCAUAUUUAUCCUUUCAAUCGCUUCAGCGAAUUAUCUUUUGGUGAAGAUACUUGCUCGAACGAAGUACUUCUCUUUUGUAUUCUGGAGUUUCAACGUAUUCUUUCUUCUCUGCAAUCGUAUUUAUGAAGGAUACUCAUUCUCCUCAUUCGGGACGCACUGGGCAGUUUUGGACAACUUUCGGGGCACCUUUAGAUGGCAAAUUUGCUUCAACUUUGUUGUUUUGCGCAUGGUAAGCUUUGGCUAUGAUUACCAUUGGGCUCAUCAAGAUUCUCGUUUCGACCAUGAGAAACAUAUUCAGCGUUGCAAUAUCUGUAGAGCUGGGAAAACAUGCUACCAUAUUUUACAGGAGAGCGGUGUCCAGAGUGACAAGUUUGCCUUUAUCACAUACCUUUCUUAUUUGGCAUAUGCACCUCUUUAUCUUGCUGGGCCAAUUGUAAGCUUCAAUGCUUUCGCAUCGCAGCUAGAAAUUCCUCAAAAUAACUACUCAGUUAAAGACACUACUUGGUACGGUUUCCGUUGGCUGUUCAGUCUUCUUCUGAUGGAACUAAUGACACAUCUCUUUUACUACAAUGCCUUUGCAAUCAGCGGCAUGUGGAAACAAUUAUAUCCCGUAGAUGUGUUUAUUAUUGGAUAUGGGGUUUUAAUCUUUAUGUGGCUAAAGUUUUUUCUGAUAUGGCGCUAUUUCCGGUUCUGGUCACUGAUUUGUGGCAUCGAGGUCCCUGAGAAUAUGCCGAAGUGUGUAAACAAUUGCUAUAACCUUGAAAGCUUUUGGAAGAACUGGCAUGCUUCCUACAACAAAUGGCUUGUGAGGUAUUUGUACAUUCCUCUUGGUGGUUCUCGGAGAAAGCUUCUCAAUGUGUGGGUCGUAUUCACGUUCGUUGCCAUUUGGCAUGAUUUAGAGUGGAAGCUUCUUUCAUGGGCAUGGUUAACAUGCUUAUUCUUUAUUCCGGAAAUAAUCUUCAAAUCCGCAGCAAAUGCAUUUCAGGCAAAUACUGCUCUUGGGGAGUUUAUUGUUCGUGAAUUUAGUGCGGCUGCUGGGGCUAUCACAAUCACUUGCCUCAUGGUUGCGAACCUUGUUGGUUUUGUUAUUGGACCAUCUGGGAUUAGUUGGUUGGUUUCUCAAUUCCUAAGCAGAGAAGGAUUACCGGUUUUGGCUGGCAUGCUCUUAACAUUUUAUGUUGGGACAAAGCUUAUGUUCCACAUCCGUGAUGCAAAGCAAAGUACACACUAAAUUGGCUUCCCGCAGGGUUUGAUAAGUCCACACUUACUCUAGUCUGAAAUCAACGGCCAGUAAGAAUGAAAAAAUGGGCUCGAAGUACCAAACUGGAACUGGUUUACACCAAGAACCUUGAUUUUGUAGUCAGGCACAUAACUGUUAAAGUAGGAAAAGUAACUGAUACAGUGAUAUGUGAAACUUUUUCAUAGUUAUUCUUUUGUCAAGAACCUCUCCGGCCAAACUUUUUCAUAGCUGGGACAACUGCAUUUUUUAUUUCAGUUGUCCUCCAAGGGUUGUCUACA